CAUUUUAAAGAAAUGUCCCUUAAAAUGACAAGAAGCUUUAAGCGCCCUUAUCUGGCUCAGGCUCUAAUCUCUCGUCUUUAUGGCAAUAAGAAGAAUUCAAACAAGCCCUCGAAUACUCCGCGACCUCCCAAGGAUCCACCAGAUGAGCCUCCCUACAAGCCGGAAUGCGUAGGCCACGAGGGAUUCGAUGUCCCCAAAUUCGUGAGUCCCUCGUCUUUCCGGCAGUUCAGUGGACCGGACGAAAAGCUGGGACCAGGAGCGGGAAAAGACCAGGCGUACAAGAACGCCCAGUACUUUGGGUAUCAUCGAUUUAGCUUUAUGGAGCUGCUUAAACAGGCUACGGUAUUAAGGGACAAACGCAAGUCCGACGCCGGAAUUCAGGCCUCCCUGGAGGUGGACGAAGAUCAAGAAGUCGACGACGAUCUUCAGUCUAUGAAGAAUUUGGAGAAAGAAUGCGAACAGAUUCUCCAAAAGCAGGCCAAGGAGCAGGAGGAAAAAUGCAAGAAAGCUCAAGAGAAGCCUCUGGAGGACAUGAACGAAGAGGAACUGGAAGCUUGGUGCCAGAAAAAGGAGGCCCUGAUCAAGGAGAAAGAAAAGAAAGAUAAAGAGGUGGAAGUAUCGAAGGGGGGAAAGGCUUUGGAGAGCAUGUCCUCGGAGGAGCUUGCAGAAUGGUGUAAGCAGAAGGAAGCGGAAAUCAAAAAGAAGGAGGAGCAGAAGAAUUUAAAUGCGGAAUUGAAGAAAAAGGAAGAAGCUUUGAUGAAAAUGUGCGAGGAGGCAGAACAGAAGAGAAAGUGCGUAGAAGAGCAGGUGAAGAAAGAGUGCCAGGAGAAGGAGGAGAAGGCAAAGAAAGAGAAAUGCGCAGAGGCAGAGAAGAAAGCUUGUGGGGAGGCAGAACUUAAGAAGAAAUGCGAGGAAGCGGAGUUAAAGAAAAAAUGUGAAGAAGAGGCCUUGAAGAAAAAAUGCGAGGAAGAGGCAUUAAAGAAGAAAUGCCAAGAGGAAGCUACGAAGAACAAAUGUGAGGACAAAAAGGAUAAAGACAAGUAGAAUCAGUGGAAAACCCAAAAUAUUUAAA